GAAGAGAGCAACGCUGGAGUGGGCCACAGAGAACCAACUCCGCCAAUGUCGAAUUAGUGCGUGUUGCUCAGCUGGAUUCAGGGUCAAUUGAUGGCCAUUCGAGGCCAUUGGGUUUGGGUGGCGAUUCUUGAGGCCCAGGAAAGUGACACGUCUAGAAAGGACGGUCCUUUCAGGUAGAUCAGUAAGCAGCCUUCAUUGUGUAUUAGUGUGGCCUCUGGCUUCGACUGGAAUCCAGAGUCAACCUUGAGGAUUGUGGAAAUCUGCCGCCAUGAGUGAUAACGAGGAUGAACUGAACAGUAGCCUCACUUCCAUUGACUGGCUGUCCAAAAUGACUUCCAAGGACCUCAAAGUGAAUGAGAGGAACACUUUGGGGGAGCCCCUCGAGUCCGACCACAUCCCGGAUUUCAAACUCAUCGACGAGGACUCCCAAGGCCAUUGUGAGUCCUCCAUGUUUGAUUCCGAAGACCCAAAGUCCAAACCCAGACAUAGCUAUGCUACUUUGAUCCGGCAAGCCAUUGAGAACUCAGAGAACCAACGUGCUACUUUGUCAGAGAUCUACCAAUGGAUCACAGAUCGUUAUCCUUUCUACCGAAAUGCAAGCUCAGGAUGGAAAAAUUCCAUCCGCCACAAUCUGUCGUUGAGUAAAUGCUUCCUGAAAGUUCAGCGAGGUCGGAGCAAUCCGGGCAAAGGCUGCUAUUGGGCCAUCAUCAAGCAUAAUUCUGACGACUCCUUGGUAUCCAAUGAUCCCAACAAUUCAGUCAAUUUUAAUACAGGAAAACCGAGGGUGAAGAAAUCCCGAGUGAAUGAUGCACACGCAGGAUUGACGCCGGUAAGACACUUUUAUUUCAUUGAAAAGACGUAUGCCCAAUAACUG